ACGUCUUCGCGCUGAGUCGUAGCCUCGAUUCCAAUCGUAGCAUCGCCCUGCCGGUCAAUCGCUGCAAAGAGGCCUCUUGCAGGCUACACCCGUCCAUGAGUGGCCGAGGUGACGGGCCGUCGGUUGGCCGCGUCGGUUGGCCGCGUCUGUCGGAGGAGGCACAGGGCCAUUGUUGGAAGGUGAGGCCAUCCAUGAUGCCGUGUUGGCAUUCAUCUGCGCUUGCCUGAUGGGGGGUACCUAGGUACUUGGGUUUGAAAAAGCAGGAGAAUGAAAAGCGAGGACAACCGCCAGUCCUGCAGAGUGAAGACAGUUCCCAUACUCUCCCUACGGUUCUCUCUCCGUUUACUCCUGGGACCACACCCAGUGGCUUCAAUCCCAGCAGCCUCACUUGCAGAAUGACUGCUCGUGCACCUCGUUCAAUGACACCUCCGUCCCCUGGCCAUGGCAAGGCGGCCAAGGCGGCGCACAUCAUCAAGGCGGCAAAGGAGCUAUUGGUCGAUGCCGAAAUCGACGACUAUGUGGCUCUCGUCGAUGAAAACACUACGUUGAGAACUGAGAACGACACCCUCGAAAAGGACGUCGAGAGGCGGGAUAGGAGAAUUUCCGUCCUUUUGCAAAAGACGGACGAAACGGAGGAACAUGCGACGGUUCUAAAUGCUCAACUGAAGGACAUGCGGGACCACAUUGCUGGUCUCUCACGCAAACUUAGUGAAGCCACCGAGAAGUUGCAAUCCAACAACAAGGAAAUGGCCGGCAAGGAGGCGGCGUGGACCAAAGGAGUCGCUACGCUCAAGGCGAGCCUCGAGUCGGAACGCAGAGAACACCAGCAGCUGAAAAGCUUCUCAAUCGAGCUCAUGCCUGUAGCGAAGAACCAAAGGGAAAUAAGCUCGAGGCUCAACAAGAUCUUUGCCUCAGCCAGGUCCUUGGCUGAAGCUUACUUCGGAGACAUUCCGCACCAGAUCCGGUCCAACGCCGCGCUCUGGGACAAGAUCAAAGAGCACCGGGCUGUUGAUAAGGUCAUUCCUCUUCCCCUGUCCGACUCUCCGGCGGCAAACCAGAUGCGAACGGCUGCCUUCCUCGCCGUGUUGGCCCAUGAAAUGGACGGGCACAUCUUUCAACCGACCUAUCUGUUGCCAGACAACGCAGGGCUCAACAUUUUCAUAAACAACUUGGCCGACGAUGAUUCAGAAAGCGAGGCUCACUUGCGGUCCGUGAUCCUACGUCUCACCGAGUCCCUUUCCGACGAGACCAACGCUGGCAACCCAGCCGUCGGCCGUAUCAGCACCGUGGUGGCCAACGUCUGCAAGUACGUCCUCCACCUGAUCCCAGAAAAGUCGAGGUCCGGUUUCAAAGACAGGCUCAAAACCCUCUGCACCGAAGCCUGCGAGCAAUGGAAAUUCAUCCAAAGGCUCGACGGCAACAUCGACGCCGACUUCGACGACGCCGCCGAAGCCCGACCCCUCUACCCCCCCAACACCACCAGCCCACCCCCUUCCGAUCCCAACACCAACCAACACCCCAACGCCAAACCCCGCCCCAACGGCAACAACACAAACCAAUCCAGCAACAACCACAAAAGGUCCAACAGCAACCCCACUCCCACCACCACAGACCUCACCGACGCCGUAGUAAUCUGGCCCGCCUUCUACAACCAAAGCACCCACGCCCUCGAGACCCUCGUCCAAGGCUACCUGCUCACAGCCGGGCAAGUCGCCGUGGCAAAAGCCGAGGAGAAGGCGCAGUCGACGGGCCAGCGGCGGGCGCAGCGGCAGCAGACGCGGUCGUCUAGGGCGCUUUCUAUGUCGGGGGGUGUUGCUGGUAUUUCCUGGCUCAGAGAGCGUGACGCCGGCCAGUCCAAACCGUCCGACAAAGGGAAGUGAGUCCAGUCCUGUCGACUCCAAGCGAGACAAUAAACAAACAGAAAAGAAAUAUCCACCCCGGUUCCUCCUACAGAGGGUAUAAGAAGUACUGCUCCCGCGCCACAACCCACCCAACCCAACACCACGCGGCAUCCAAGCCCCCGAUCCAAACAACUCAACACACAACUCACGAGCGUAUCCUUCUCACCCCACCCGCGGUACU